AUGAAUCGGCGUCUACUGCUGCGUUCUAUAUUUGGCUUCCAACCUUUAUCGAGAAUAACCUUUGGAAGACCCAAUAAGCCCUUUCUCAGACAUCACACUGAUAUAUCUGCAACUACGAAGACGAAUGGCACCAUAUUGCGAAAACAGUUGCUAUCGCUAAAGCCCAUUUCUCCCUCAGAUUCGCUCUUCAUUUCUUGUACAGUUUUCAAUUCCAGGGGAAAUAUCAUCUCAAUGUCUGAGAAGUUCCCUAAAUGGUCCUUCCUAACUGAACAUUCCCUUUUUCCCAGAGAUCUGAGGAAAAUAGACAACUCCUCUAUUGACAUCAUUCCAACAAUCAUGUGCAAGCCGAACUGCAUUGUUAUCAACUUACUGCAUAUCAAAGCUCUUAUUGAGCGUGACAAAGUCUACGUUUUUGAUACGACUAACCCUUCCGCCGCCGCCAAACUAAGUGUACUUAUGUAUGAUCUGGAGUCGAAGUUGUCUUAUACCAAAAACAACUCUCAAUUUUACGAACAUAGAGCUCUUGAGAGUAUUUUCAUUAAUGUGAUGAGCGCACUGGAAACGGAUUUCAAGCUUCACUCACAAAUCUGUAUCCAAAUCUUAAAUGAUCUAGAGAACGAGGUUAAUAGACUUAAGCUACGACGUCUUUUGAUCAAGUCCAAAGAUCUUACGCUUUUUUACCAGAAGACUUUAUUGAUCAGAGAUCUACUAGACGAACUUCUGGAGAAUGACGAUGACUUAGCAAACAUGUACUUGACAGUCAAGAAGUCUCCUAAGGAUAAUUUUUCCGACUUAGAAAUGCUUAUAGAAACUUACUAUACUCAGUGUGAUGAAUAUGUUCAACAAUCGGAAUCUUUGAUUCAAGACAUUAAAUCUACUGAGGAAAUUGUCAAUAUUAUACUGGACGCAAAUAGAAAUUCCUUGAUGUUGCUGGAAUUGAAAGUCACCAUCUAUACAUUGGGAUUCACUGUAGCGACCGUUCUCCCUGCAUUUUAUGGUAUGAAUUUAAAAAACUUUAUCGAGGAAAGCGAAUGGGGGUUUACCUCCGUGGUCGUAUUCUCUAUUGUUUCUGGGCUUUAUAUCACCAAAAAAAAUUUUAAUUCAUUACGAUCUGUGACAAAGAUGACCAUGUAUCCAAAUUCCCCGGUAAACUCUAGUGGCUAUUCCAAAACAUCAGCAUCUAUUUCCUCGCCAAACAAAUUAAGGAGACGGCGAACUUGGUGGACAUCGACUAAGCAGCGAUUAGGAAUACUAUUUUAUGGUAGCAGUUAUUAUAAUAAGUCUACCUUGUCGAAAAAUAGGAUUAAUAAGGGAUUUUCAAAAGUAAAAAAGUUCAAUAUGGAAAAUGAUAUAAAAAACAAGCAGAACAGAGAUAUGAUUUGGAAGUGGUUAAUAGAAGACAAAAAGAACUGA